AUGGUACGGUCAUCAGUAUUGGGGGUCGCCGCCUUGGCGGUCCUGGUGACGGCCCAGUCCUCGAUCACGCCGAUAUCACCGACGCCGUUCCUCACGUCGACGCCUGCUCCUAGCUCGACUCCGGCGCCAACUGGGACAACGGAUGUUAGGGCGGAAACAUCAGCGACUGGGGCCACUUCUGCCUCUGCGGCGGAGACCCACACCAUUGCCGUUGGUGUUUCCGGGUACUCGUUCACGCCUUCGAAGACGGAGGCCAAGGUCGGCGAUACCAUUGAGUGGAUCUUCUAUCCCGACGCCCACUCUGUCAUCCGCGCCGAGUUCGGCUUCCCCUGUACGCCGUACGAAUAUGUGGACAUUGGCCGCCAGGGGUUCUACAGCGGCCCUCAGCCGGUCAAGGCCAUCACUAAUAACGUCAGUCGAACGGCGUCAGACUUGUCUGGCUUUUCAACUAACACGCCGCAGAUGCCGCGGUUUCAGGUUGUCGUUAACGACACCGAACCGAUCUUCUUCUACUGCGGCGCCCCGGGAUCGUGCUAUAAAGAGAAAAUGAUCGGGGUCGUCAACGAAAACUCGACCAAUACGCUGGCGAAGCAGCUCGAGGCGGCGCUCCCGCUGACCACGCAGAUCCUCCCCGGCGAACCGUUCCCCGUCGAAUCGGACGCGCCCAGGCCCACCAACGGCUCCGGCUCCGGGUCCUCGGACAACAACGGCGCCGUCAUCAACAACAACUUCCACCACGCCCUGAGCGGCGGCCAGAUCGCCGGCAUCGUCGUCGGGGCCGUCUCCUUCCUGCUGCUCGGCGGGAUCCUGGUCUACAUGUGCGGGCGCCGCGGCGGGCUCAACCGCGCCUACCGACGAGCCUCGACCAUGUACCAGACCCAGCCCCCGCCGCAGCUGCCUCCGCAGCGGCCCAUCACGGAGAUCAACUACAUGGUGCAGCCCAAGAGCCCGGCGACGCAGGAGUGGAGGAACAGCCACUAUAGCUCCUUCAGCGCCGCCCCGUACCGCGACGCCACCUCUGUCGGCCAGUUCUCGCCCUCGGUCAGCCCUCAGCCGACCGGUUUCGCGCACCCGCUGGGCGGCAUGCACACGUACUUCGACCCCCGCAUCUCCUCGAUAGCACCGAGUUCCGUCUUCGAGGCCCCGGACAACCAAUCCGCGGCGGCUCCCGCUCCGCUCAAUGUCCCCGGCGCCUCGCCAGUCGAGCUGCCGUCGUUCAGCGAUCCGGGCAACUCCCCGCUCCCGACGUACACGUCGCGGUUCUCUUUCAUCGGGCAGGAGAGCGACUACCGGCCGACAAAGGAGACGUAG